CCUCGGGUCGGACCGAAGCGGCAGAGGCGGGCUGCGGAUGGCUCCAAGGACAAUGCACACGAGGAGUACGCGCAGUGCGCACCGAACACAACUCGUCCACAGGGAUCAUUCACUUGAACGCAUGGAUCAUUGUGUGCAGCCAUGGCCGGAUGCUGUCGGGCUGUCGUCGGGUCGGUAGACAAUUGACUGUGUUGGUGUUGAGCGAUGAGCGAUUCGGAGGCGGUGGCGAAGCGGCAGAGGCGGGUUAGUAGAGAUGAGGAGACCAGUAGUCAGGAGGCAAUGACGGACGGCCAGCACCAGCAGCAGCAGCAGGCCACGGCAUCGCACACUGCCCACAGCAUAGAUCUGGAGGCCUUUGCACAGUGCUUCAGCCAAGUCGUAAGAUGCACCAAACGAACCACUGGCAAACACACACAUCCUCAUUGUCUCCUCUCUCUCUCUCUCUCUCUCUGUGUGUGUGUGUGUGUGUGUGUGGUGUGUGUGUGGCACUCAGCCUGUUGUCGUUGCCUACGUCUUCUCGUUCGUGUCGCUUCAUUUGGUGGCGGCGCUGCCCCAGCGGCUGUGGCGCCACGUCGGCUGCCAGAUCACCCAGCUGGUCAUGGACACCUAUGACACGGCCGAGCGGCACUUCUGGUGCGGCCUCUCUUUCGCUGAUGCCUUCGAGUGGGGCCGGCGGCUCACACGGCUCAGGUCCAUCGUCGUCAAGUAUCCCCCUGGCCUCCGCAUCCCAAAAGGCAUCCCAGAGCGGCGACACGAUGAUGACUUAGACAUCCCUCUACCGCUGAUGAGGGACAAGAUCGUCACGGCAUUGGUGGAGGGCCACAGCGAUGGGCGGAGAGCCACAGCGGCCACAGCAUCCGGGCAGCAGGCGUCAACCACCUUGGAGUCGAUAGAAAUAAGCGAGGGCGAAGAGACCAUCAUCUUCGACGAGGUCGAGGGUCGCGAUAUCCGAACUGCCGGACAGGCAGCCGGAGGACGCCGAGCAGCCUGA